AUGAUUGUGGAGGAUGAGUACGAUUAUGAUGCUUUAGAGGUCUACGAACUGGAUCCAAUGAACACGGUCUUGACCCGGAUUUAUGAAAGGCCUAUAGGGCCAAAUGGAGAACUGUUUGAGCUGGAACCGUUGGUGAAGGACGGUCAUUUCAUGACCCGGAUAAUAGAUCAAUAUUUAGAGAUGCAAUCUUCGUAUAUUCAUGAAAUGCGUCAACUUGACUUGAUGGAGCAUCUAUAG